AUGUUCCCUCAUUCAGCCAUUGUCUACUCUGAUCUCAGCCCCACCUCAGGUUAUUUGUACCUUUUUCUAAUCAACAACAUCACGGUCACGCUUGCUCUUUACGGUCUGCUCCUAUUCUACUUCGCCGCGAGGGAUCAACUGCGGCCAUUCAAGCCUAUCCUCAAGUUUGCAACUAUCAAAGCCAUCAUAUUUUUCAGCUUCUGGCAAGACGUGUUAUUCAGCUUGCUGGAAUGGAGCCAUUUAUUGGGCGGUAACGACCAUUACCCCUCUGGAAUGGCUUCAACUGGUCUGAAGAAUAUCCUCAUAUGCAUCGAGUUAGUGGUGGCAUCUGUCACGCUACGCUACGCCUUUCCAUACAGUGUUUAUGUCUUCCAUCAUCCACCCCGCUUGGUACUGGAUCUACAACUGGAUGAUGACAACUGCCCUAAUCGCCCCACCUCUGGUACUGGACCCAAGCAUCCUGUGCAGAAGUCGUCUAGCAACUUGCAGACUCUACGAGCCGAUUUACUUUACGGCACAGCUGCGUUUGCCGAUCGAUCCGCAGAGCCAUUGCCAUGGGAUGUCCUGGCAUCACAGGACUCCGCAGGUGAUGUCGAUCGUGAUGUUGUCCACUUUUCUGGCAACUCUACCGUCCUACCAAGCAUUUCAGCGGGUAUCAGAACUACGAUGGAUCCUACGGAUAUUUUUGUGGAUGCUGUGCACAAUUUCCACCCCAACUAUCGUCAUUAUACUCAGGCCAAGUUGGAUGAUUCUUUGUGACCGCAGGUGCCUGUUAGUGCGGUUGUUCGCUGUUUGUUUGGGAUGGAUGGAGUUGACCGACACCCUUCAGUGUCAGAGCACUGCUUGCUGAACUCUGAACUUGUGCCGUUCCUCUACCGAACAUGAUCAUCCCACUCCACCCUCUGUGAUCAAGCUGUGUUUUCUUUCUGUCCUGCUCCCUCACAACAACAAGUCAUGCCAAUAUGUCCUCAGCACACAUGUGUUGUGCAUGAAGACACUGUUUGUGAUGCGUUCCAUAUUUUCCGAUGUUCCCAGUCACUUUCUUCUUGCUCAUUUUUUCAGCCCAAUGUGUUCAGGCUUUUGGACAGAGAUUAAAUUAUUUCCAUAUGGUCUUUUAUCAUCUUACAAGUAUUAGGAUUGUGAGUACCACCAGGCUCGAAGUUGCAUGCGCCAUUGCUUAUUGGCGAUUUCCGCAAUACUCUGUUGGACAGUUGCCCAUCUCAGCGAACAAGCAAGCCACUGAACAGGCAACCUUAUUGGCCAGUAUUUUUAGUUAUUACAAUUUUACACGUCAAACGGAUCCCUGCAUUGGGAACAACAAUCGUCGGAGGCUUGUCGUCGCAUAGCAACUAGAACGAUGUUUCAUGAUGUAUGUUUUCGCAGGUACUCAAUAGAUGAAUAACAUAUCGAAGCUUCUCACUCUGUUUUUUU